CCGAAAGCAACUUGGUCUUUACUGUUUACUAGCUUCCUUUGAUAGAUAAGAAAUUUGAGUGUCAGUGGUGUGAAACUAUCGCUGAUUGCAAUCAUUGCAUUAGUAAGUCGCGUGACACACGUUGAGCUGAGACAUUAAAGCCACCCACACAUUAGGCUGAGACGAUUAAUGCGAUAUAAAGUUGGGAUAGCACGCCAUUUCUGUUAGUUGCUACUCCGUAUUUCUCCUCUUUUUCACUUUCAUUCCAGAUCAGACCUUCAAGUAAGAACAUGGCUGAAGUACUUGUUAACGUUCUCCUUGAGCGUUUGGCUACGAUCACCCUUGACAAGGUCGGAGGAGAGUUCAAACUGGUCACUGGUGUUGAGAAAGAAGUCAAGAGCCUCACCCGCAAUCUCGAAGCUAUUCAAGCUGUGCUCGAGGAUGCAGAGCAGAGACAAGUCACCGAGGCCACCGUGAGACGUUGGCUGAGUGUACUGACUGAAGUUUCCUUCGACAUGGAUGACGUGUUGGAUGAGUGGAUAACUGAAGUUCUGAAGCAACAAAUGGAGAAACAAGAAAAACAAGGUGAAAAUGCUCUUAUUGUUACUACUAAGAAGAAGGUAUGCUUCCCCUUCCUUUCCUCUUGCUUUUGUUUCGGCCAAGUCAAUCAGUUAAUGCUUCGUCACGAUAUCGCUGUGAGAAUAAAAGACCUAAAUGAAAGAAUAGCUUCGAUUGCUAAAGAAAAACAAGAUUUUAGCUUUCAAAACAUCACAAGGGUCUCCGAAUUACCUGAACGACCAAAAACUACUUCUCUUCCUAAUGUUAAAACAUUCGGUCGAGAUGAGGAAAAAAGCCUCAUAGCCAGCAAGCUGCUGAGUGAGAGUAGUGAGGGAAAUGAGGUUCCUCUUAUCAUCCCUAUUGUAGGGAUGGGGGGAAUGGGCAAAACAACUCUUGCUCAAUUUGUUUAUAAUGAUGAAGAGGUCAAAUCUCAUUUUAACAAGAGAAUAUGGGUCUGUGUCUCAGACCCUUUUGAUGAGAUCAAGAUUGCUCAAGCUAUCAUUGAAGAAAUAGAUAAAGAUAAUAGUUCAAAAAGCUCAAAUGUGUUGCAAACCCUGACGCAAUGUAUAUAUAAAUUGAUUAAGGGUAAAAAGUUUCUCCUGGUUUUAGAUGAUGUUUGGAGCCCAAACUCUGAUCAAUGGGAAGAAUUGAUCAAACCUUUACGUUAUGGUGCUACUGGUAGUAGAGUAUUGGUGACCACUAGAAAGGAGGAGGUUGCUACUUUAAUGAAAGCAACAACGACUCAAAUGAUCUCUUUGAAGGCAUUGAGCGAUGCAUUUUGUUUGUCAUUGUUCUAUUACAGUGCAAACAUGGACGAGAAUAAUGUGUCUAAAGAGUAUAAAGAUAUUGGAUUGAAGAUUGUGAAAAGGUGUAAUGGGUUGCCUCUUGCUGCAAAGACAUUAGGAAGCCUGAUGCGCAAUAAGAAAAAGAUUCAUGAAUGGCAAGCUGUUUUACAGAGCAAGACAUGGGAAUUGAAAGAGAUUCAACAAGAUGUUUUUCGACCACUACUACUAAGUUAUCAUGAUUUGACUCCAGCAACCAAACGUUGUCUUUUGUAUUGUGUUACAUUUCCAAAAGAUUACGUGUACGAUAGGAAUUAUUUGAUUGAGUUAUGGAUGUCGCAAGAUUAUUUGAAUGACAAAGACAAUAAAGAAAAGAUAGUAGUUGGUCAAAAUUAUUUUGAUGACUUAGCAAUGCGGUCAUUUUUUCAAGAUAUUGAGGUAGAUGAUGAGAAUGGAAACAUAAAAUGCAAAAUUCAUGAUAUUGUACAUGACUUUCUACAAUAUUUGACCAAGCAUGAAUGUUUGAUUUUGGAUUUUGAGUUGGAUGCUAGUGAGAGAAGGGAUGUGUCAAAGGAUAACAUUCGACAUUUGACUUUAGUGCACGCAACAGGGAAUGAGUCAUUGGCACAUUUUCUCCUCAAUUGUAAAAAAUUACGUACCUUGAUGGCUAUAGAUUCAUCCAAAAAUUCCAUUGGCCCAUUGUUUGAGUUGAUAGUACAAUUGAAAUGCCUUAGAACAUUAAGCUUGUGUGGUCGGUGGAGGGAGAGUAGUCUCAGAGAAAUUCCCGAGACGAUAGGUGGAUUGAUACAUUUGAGGUAUCUUGAUUUAUCCGAUAAUAACGAGUUGGAAGAAUUACCCAGCUCCCUGGGCAGCUUAUACAACCUGCAAACCUUGCGACUUGUUGAAUGCUGGAAUCUCAAAGAAAUUCCCGAGACGAUAGGUGGAUUGAUACAUAUUAGGUAUCUUGAUUUAUCCAAAAAUAAUAAGUUGGAGAAAUUACCCAGCGCCCUGGGCAGCUUAUACAACCUGCAAACCUUGCGACUUGUUUGUUGCUUGAGACUCAAAAAAGUAGAUGUGCGAGGGCUGAUUAACUUGAGGCAUCUUUAUGUUGAAGAAUGUGAGAAGCUAGAGUUAAUUAAAGGGAUUGAGCAAUUAACAGAUAUGCAAAGGCUAGAUGAGUUUCAUGUCGGAGAUGGUGAUGAAGAAAACAAGUUGGUAGAUCUGAAAGACUUGAACCAGCUUCAAGGGAGUCUUGAUAUUCGUAUUCGAGGAAAUCCAAAUAUGGCGGAGAAUGCAGCAGCAAUUAUGGUGAAUAAGGCUCACCUCCUGCAAUUGAGGCUAGUUUUCCCUUUGGAUUCUGAUGAAGGAGAGAGUAGAGAAAUUAUGAAUGGCUUAGAGCCGCAUCCAAGUUUGGAAUCUUUAUCCAUCGACAAGUAUAGAGGCGGCGCCUUCUCCCAUUGGUUGUUGUCUUUAGCCAGCUUGAGAAUGCUCAGCCUUGAGACUUGCACGGAAUGUGGGGUUUUGCCUCCUUUAGGGAAACUGGCGUCCCUUGAAUCGUUGUCCAUUUCGAAUCUCGCAAGAGUCUCAAAGGUAGGAAUUGAGUUUUUGGGAAUAGAUGAUGUGCAAACCUCGUCGUCUUCCAUUUUCAUAUCAUUCCCCAAGCUGGAACAACUCCACUUCUUCGAAAUGUGGUCAUGGGAAGAGUGGGUAGGAGUGGAAAAUAAUAAUAUUACAAUCAUGCCACGCCUCUCUUACAUGACAAUCCAUGGCUGCGACAAGCUAAAAGGACUGCCGGACUUCCUGCGGAAGACACCACUACGGGACUUGGACAUCAGAAGCAGCUUUGAGUGUUGAAAACCUUUACAGACCAGGAAUAGCUGAGGAGUGGGCCAAGAUUUCUCACAUCCCAAGCAUCUAGAUAGAAGACGAAUCUGGAAGGUGAUGCAUCUCUCGAUGAAUGAAAAGGCUUGAGCUUCUCUCCAAACAAUAGCACAUUUUUAAAGAGGAAAGGCCUUAAGUAGUCUAAUGCUACGUUUAUCAUAUAUUUUCAACCCGGCCGGUAAUUUCACUGCUCUGAUCUUUAUGCCAAGUCCUGGACCUAUUAGAGAAGUUAAGUCGCUUAUAUACAGCAAAAUGAGCAAAUGAUGAUUCACGGCAAUGUGAAUAGCUGAAAGGAUGGCUGAACUUCCCAACACAAGAUGGUCCUCACUCCUCAGAUGAGAAUCGCACCAGGCUACUUGUAAUGCUCGUAUUAAAGCUUGCUAUGCUUUCAGAAUGGCAUCAGACUAUCAGAGUAAAACCUUUUGGUUAAUCAGAUGGACCGAGGAUGGAGCUUACUCAAGAGCAUCUCUUGUAGUCUCUGGACUUUAGUUAUUGGGAAGCUGUGCAAGGUUUUCAAUAGUCCCAAGCCUUUGUUCGUUAUCAAUUUGUCACUACCGCCAACUGAAAGCACUGCUGGACGAAGACACCACUGGAAAUUGCACAACUGCGAAUGUCCAAUUCUCGGAGACGUUUACAGAGAAGGAGAGGAGCACAUCAAAUUAGAUAGUCUUAAUUGAUGCAGCAAGAAGAUGAAGAUGAACCCAAGAAUGAUGAUUUUAGUUUAUAUCAUCCCAAGUGACCUGUAUAUCCUCGCUCCUUUCCAAAGUGAUGAUUGAACAUGUAUGGAUGCUUCCUUCAAUAUUUCAUAGUCGCAUGCACUUGCUAUUUAUUGGAUAUUUCAUAUUUCAUAGUCUCAUGAUUCAACUUGAGGCAUAAACAAGUUAAUUGAGUCCUGAUUACCAGGUUGAGUCCAAGGACGAUGAUUCCCCUGUAACCAUUGCAGGCAGUCCUGUUUUCAGCAUUGAUGACAGAGCCUUUAGGAUACUGAAGAGGUCAAAGAUUAAAAGAGUUGCUGGUUAAUUGGUUAAGGUUGUGCUACCUCAGAUGCUGAACUGAACUCCCUGUCAAUUUAGGUGCUUUGAUUUCUUUGAUACGAAAGGAAAUCAUGAUUCAUGGUCAUUUAAUUAGCCGAAAGGAUUGCUGGAAUUCCCAAGACAAGAUGAUCCUCUCACCUCAGGUUCUAAAUACGCCCUCUAGUUUUGUUUAUAUUGUAGUUAAGAAUCGCACCAGGCCACUUGUACUGCUCAGGUUACCACUUGAAUCAUUUGGAAUGGCAUAGGAAUUGUCAAGCUAAUGUGAUGCUAAUUUGAGUUGGAGCUUAGUCAAGCAGCCGAGCAUUGUUCGAGUGUCUGGACUGUAUUAGAGAAUUUAGAGUAUUGGGAAGCUAGGCAAAGUCGUGCAAAACAAGCUGUAGGGAGAAAGUUUGUCCUGGAAUUGUUUCUUUGGUGUACCGAGGGCGGCUAGAUUCUACUCCUUCUGAUUUGAACUUAUAUUUUCAUUGUUCGUCCUGUGACAAUAAGCUAGGGAAAGACUUGAAUCUAUGGAGAAAAUUACAACAGGAUACAUAUACAGCUCACAUUGAAGCUCGAAGCAUUUAGAUUGGUAUUGGCGUUAUAAAGCUUAUGGGAUGCUACUCUGGUAACCUCUGUAUAUCAUAACUUGAAGUUCUUGGUCUAUGGGUGUUUGUGGCACAUAUAUCUCUGUCAGCCUGAGACUAGUUUUGAGUAAUGCGUGGCACAUUGCUUUAUUUUUUGGGUUGUUUGGGUGCACCUAGGUUAUUAAAGCUCAGUCAAGCAGCUAAGGCUCCACCGGUCACACCUACACGGCUACACUUGCUUAGGUGCUUGCUUUCUUGUAGAUAAGAAAGCCUUCAUUCACUUUUGUUUCCCUUGUCCAGUAGGAGAUUCUCUUUAGCAAGGGAUGGGGCAAAUGAUCAUGCAUCCAACAUUUGAUUGGAAGUUCACCUCAACUUCUAAACAGGUAAGUAAGUCCCCCAAUUUUGCAUGUAUUGUAGAAGAUAAAUGUGGAGCACAGAUUGAAAGCUUGAAGCAUAGAAUCGCCUUGGAGUUGCAAAACUGAUGGGAUGCUACUUUGGUGAGGGGUGCUCAAGUCGAGUAGCUGAGGCACCAAUCAAACUACCACCCGACAAGGUGUGGAAUGAUCAUGAUGUAGAGAUUAAAGAAGGUUAAGAAACCUUGAUUACUCUUGUUUCCCUCAUUCACCAGGAGAUUCCCUUUUGCACAGGAUGGGGAAAAUGAGCAUCCAAUUAAUAUGAUUGGAAUCCCAGCUCAACAACUUUCCUUUGUCUUGAAAAUCAAGUCAUGCCUCUCUGAGUUGACAAUUUCUUACUGCAACAAGCUAAAGCACUGCCGACCUUCGUGUGUAAGACACCACUACAGAAAUUUCUCAUCGAAGGAUCUCCAAUUCUCCAAGACCUUUACAGACAUGGAGUGGGCCAAGGUUUCACUCACAUCGCAAGCAUCAAGAUACAGUCGAAUCUGAUGAUGCAUCUUUCGAUGAAGAUGAUUAAACAAGAUGACUGAUAAGUGAAAAGAUUUCAGACCUCAGCUUCUCUUGGAACAAGCACAUUUUUAAAAGGAAAGAUUUGUCUAAUGUCCAUUUUUUCGAACUGGGAGGCAUGGCUUCAACACUGAUUUCCAAUGGAUGUCAUCAUUGGAGGGCAGAAAGGAAACAUCAGGCAUUGUCUUCCCCUAGCCUUCAAAUACAUCAGUGAUUAGUUGAGCAUGUUCUUGCAGAGUUGUAGCAUUGACCGAAACCCUUGAGGGUAUUGAAGAGGUCAAAGAUUCAAAGAUCUUACUGGUUGGUUAUAAAUGUGCUUCCUCAGAUGCUCAGCUCCGUAUCAAUUUUAGUAGUUAUUAGUUAUUACUUCUUCGGCUUGAUUUCUUCAAAAUACAGCAAAUGAUGAUUCAUGGCCAUGUGAAUAGCUGAAUGGAUUGCUGGACUUCCCAAACAAAUUGAUCCUCACCCCUAAGAUGAGAAGUAGACCAGGCUACUUGUACUGCUCAUAUUGAAGCUUGAUGCAUUCAGAAUGGCAUCAGACUAUCAGAGUUUGAAAAUCUUUUGGUUCAUCACAUGGACCGAGGAUGGAGCUGAGUCAAGAGCAUCUCUUCCGAGCCUCUAGAAGUUAUUGGGAAGGAGAGGUCACAAAAAGCACCAGGUGUGCCUGUUGUUGAAGCUUUGACGGAACCCAUGUAUCAAGUAUUCUUCAUAGUUGGUAGUCAUGCACUGCAUAUCGAAGAUCUUCCUGGUUGGUACUUUAAAGGAAACAUACGAAGCUGACCAUCACCAACUCAGAAAUUCAUCAUACAACUUCGAGCUCUUGUUGUCAAACUUCUCUUUCAGUUGAGGGAUUUAUUCCAGCUCAUGUUGAUACUAAGCUUUGGAGGAAGAUGACUACAUGACACCCAAUUCUCUUUUUGCCACUGCUGACAAAACAUUCAUUGUGAGGGAUCAAAGAGAACAGAAUGUGGUUCAUGAAUCUAAUGGCAAUGAAGAGUUUGGAGAGAGUCGGCCCCCUUCUAAUGACUUGGAUGAAAUUCAAGAGGAAUUGUUGGUUUAUCAAAAUGUUGGCUCAGAGGCUCAGACCGCAUGCAGCGUCAAUGUUGAGCCACAAAAGGGUUAAGAAAUUCAGAUUUCGGAACAAGCUGUUGAGCACACAGCUAACCCCUGUGGAACAGCAGAAUGAGACAUCAAUGAGUCCUGUGAUUGAACAAGACCGAGGGAAUACCAAUGAAGCAGCCACAAUUUUCAGUGAAUCGUCAGCGCCAAGUAAACAAAGUGCUGGAACAAGUUGGUCCUUCUGGUGUUGUGAUUUUAGAGGAUCAGGUUGAAGGAACUCCAGGGGAUGGAGACAAUCAACCUAGCCGAAAUGUGUUUGUACCAACCAUCUCGGUAACUCCAUCCCCAACCAUCUCAAUCUCUCAACUUGAGACCUCAAGUGAACAUGACAAUUUCCAAGCUGCCAUAAACCAAGUUGUUACUUCAAUUGAUGGCGUCACGAAUUCAAUUGACAUUACUCCUGGCAGCAAAGAAACUAGGACUGUUUCUUCACCAGCAAACAGCAAGUUCCAAUCUGUUUUGGUCUCUAUUGAUCGCUCAUACCAUCCAAAACCUCCAGAGAUCUGAACGUCAGAUCCCAGGGCUCAAAAGCCAACUUCAGAGAUCUGAACGCGUGGUGGAUGACCUCAAUCACGGUAUAGACCAAGCCCUUGAGUACGAAGAAAGCAUUGAGGAUGCCAACCUCCAAAAGCAGAUGGUUUUUCAACUUUUUCGCCAGAUAGAGUCCUCUUGCAUUUGGUCCUUGACUUGCUUUCAAAAGUUGCAAACUUUUGUAGUAUUUCUAAUGGGAUUGCAGCAUGUCCGUUGUUUUUGUUUUACAAUUUGCUCUUCAUGAAUGGGCUUUUGUUCUAAAUUCUAAUGAAUGAAGGCUUUGAUUCCUGAACAAUUGAGGAUUAAAGAUCUUUAAGCUCUUGGUCGGUGGAGUUUUUCGGUCAUAGAUGUUCAAGUUGGCGUUCUUA